GUUGAAUUGAAUAAUUCAAUAAGCACGAAAAUAUAUGUCAAAUGGGCAUACGCCAACUGAAUAUGAUACUGUCUCAACUCAUCAAUUGUAAAACUGAUCAUUGACAUUAUUAUGCCAUAUUAGUACAUGAAUGAGAUAGAAGAUAAAACGACUAAGAAAUAUAAAGGAAUAAAGAAGUAUUGGAAAAACGGAUAAUUCCCUCAGUAGGAAUGGAAGAAAAAAAAGACACUGAUACCCCUAUAGCAGAAUCAAGAGAAGAAACAGAAAUUCCUCCUGUAGCAUCAGAUAAUGAUAAACCAUCCGUCAAAGAUUCAACAGUUGCAGAUGGGAAAUCAUCUGAAGAAAUUGAUCCAUUUUUUUACUUGAAAACAGAUGAAUUCACUUCCGAAAAAUUUAAGAUAGAAAUUUUUAAUUUGCCAAGGAAGUUUGGCUUUACACAAUUAAAGAAACGUUUGAAUGUAACAUUAGGCCUGAAAUCACACAAGAUAAAAGCUCCUAAUACUAAUUAUGCUUUUGUCACAUUCAAAUGUGAAGAAGAUAGAGAAGAAGCUAUACAAAAGAUUAAUGGUCAUAUAUGGAAAGGAAAUAAACUCUCUGCAAAGAUUGCUAAACCUGCUGCUGACCCUUUACUGAAAAAAAGGAAAAAAGAAGAAGAAGCUGAUGCCAAAGGCCCAUCAGAGAAGAAAUCAAAAGUAGACAGUGUAAUAGAUGAUACACCCCCACAUAUUAGGAUUAAGAAGAGUGUUACACCAUUCUGGGAUGUACCAUAUGAAGAACAGCUAAAGAGAAAAACAGACAGUAUAACAGAUGUUUUAUUAGCUGUUGCUAUGAGACGAGAUGUUAGAGAUAUCUUCACAGAAGCCAGGAAGAAGUAUGAUGGUAAAUGCUGUGAAUUAUUACCCAUAAUUCAGUCUCCAGCGUUAGAGGGUUACAGAAAUAAAAAUGAAUUUUCAAUAGGAAAAAAUAUUGAUGGAAAAGAUAAUUGUGUUGGUUUUAGAUAUGGUUUAUAUAAAGAUGGGUUUAGUACAGUAGGAUCUGCUAGUCAUGUCAGCAUUUUGCCAGAAUCUGUGAAAACUGUUGUUCAGUUAUUUGAAGAGUUUUUAUCAACGAGUGUCUAUAGAUCAUAUAAUCAGGGAACACAUGAAGGUCAUUGGAGACAGUUAACUGUUAGAACAACCCGGACAGGUGAAAUGAUGAUUAUAGCCGAGUUCCAACGUAGAGAUAUAAUACAGGAAGACAUUGACGCUGAAAAAUCUAGAUUAACUGAGUUUUUUACAAAUGGACCUGGUAAAAGUUUUGAUCAGUUAACGAGCAUGUAUUUUGUAGUUUUUGAUAGUGGCCAGGGACAGUCUGAUAAAAACUAUGAACAUCUUUUUGGUGAAAAGAUUAUAAAAGAAAGAAUGCUGGAUAUGACUUUCCAAAUAUCACCAGAUGCCUUCUUUCAAGUGAAUACAUCAGCAGCUGAGUUAUUAUAUAAUCAGAUAGGUGACUGGUGUAAUAUACAAUCCGGUGAACAGACGACAGUCUUAGAUAUAUGUUGUGGUACAGGUACUAUAGGACUAGCUCUAGCUAAGAAAGUAACAAAGGUUAUUGGAAUAGAAAUGUGUCAACAGGCUAUUGAUGACGCUAAAGAAAAUGCAAAAAUAAAUGGUAUAACAAAUGUAACAUAUUAUUGUUCUAAAGCAGAAGAUGCCAUAGUAAAUGUGAUGAGAUCAUUAUGGACAUCAAACGUGGUAGCUGUGGUUGAUCCACCUAGAGCAGGAUUACAUAAGACUGUAUUAAAAUCAUUAAGAAAUUGUCGUCGACUGAAACGAUUGAUUUAUGUGGCAUGUAAUCCUAAUGCUGCUAAAGAUAAUUUUAUUGACCUAGUUAGAUCAGCAUCAAAGAAAUUAAAAGGGUUACCAUAUCGACCAAUCAAAGCUGUUCCUGUUGAUUUAUUUCCAAUGACCCCACAUUGUGAACUUGUGGUAUUAUUUGAAAGAGAGGCAGAGGAACACAAGGAUAGUGAUUCGGACAUUGAAAUGAUUUCUACGGCAACAAAGAAUUCCAGUACUCUGGGCAGUUCAAACGCUACCGCUCCAUCAAAUACUAGUGAUAUCUCAGGUUCAACAGGGAAGGUUAAAAUAGUUCAAUCAAAUGACGAUAAACAAUCUGAUGGAGAAACAAACAGUACAAAUAAAUCCGAUCAACAGACAAGCUAACAGUAAUUUCAAUGAAUUUAACCGUAAAACACAAUAAAUAUAUUUAAAAAUUGUCAA